AAUAUCAGUCAAGGUAAUUGAUGAUGAGGAGUAUGAGAAAAACAAGACCUUCUUCCUUGAGAUUGGAGAGCCCCGCCUGGUGGAAAUGAGUGAGAAGAAAGCCCUGUUAUUGAAUGAGCUUGGUGGCUUCACAAUAACAGGCCAACCUGUCUUCAGGAAAGUUCAUGCUAGAGAACAUCCGAUUCCCUCUACUGUAAUCACCAUUGCAGAGGAAUGUGAUGACAAGCAGCCGCUGACCAGCAAAGAGGAAGAGGAGAGGCGCAUUGCAGAACUGGGGCGUCCCAUCCUGGGAGAGCAUACCAAGCUGGAAGUGAUCAUUGAAGAGUCCUAUGAAUUCAAGAGUACCGUGGACAAACUCAUUAAGAAGACAAACCUGGCCCUUGUGGUGGGGACAAACAGCUGGCGAGAACAAUUCAUUGAAGCUAUCACUGUCAGUGCUGGGGAAGAUGACGAUGACGAUGAAUGUGGGGAGGAAAAGCUACCCUCCUGUUUUGAUUAUGUGAUGCACUUUCUGACUGUCUUCUGGAAGGUCCUAUUUGCCUUCGUCCCUCCUACAGAAUAUUGGAAUGGCUGGGCGUGCUUCAUUGUCUCCAUCCUCAUGAUUGGCCUAUUGACAGCUUUCAUUGGCGACUUGGCUUCCCACUUUGGCUGCACCAUUGGCCUGAAGGAUUCUGUGACUGCAGUUGUGUUUGUUGCCCUUGGAACUUCAGUACCAGACACAUUUGCAAGCAAAGUGGCAGCCACCCAGGAUCAGUAUGCAGACGCAUCCAUAGGUAAUGUCACCGGCAGCAACGCGGUGAAUGUCUUCUUGGGAAUCGGUGUGGCCUGGUCCAUCGCUGCCAUCUACCACGCAGCCAAUGGGGAACAGUUCAAAGUGUCCCCUGGCACGCUUGCUUUCUCUGUCACUCUCUUCACCAUUUUUGCUUUCAUCAACGUGGGGGUGCUGCUGUAUCGGCGGAGGCCAGAAAUCGGAGGUGAGCUGGGUGGGCCCCGGACUGCCAAGCUCCUCACAUCCUGCCUCUUUGUGCUCCUGUGGCUCUUGUACAUUUUCUUCUCCUCUCUGGAGGCCUACUGCCACAUAAAAGGCUUCUAAAGGAACAAUCAGAUAUAGUAAAUUUAUAUAUAUACAUAUAUAUACAUAAAAAUUAUGUACAAUGAACAGAGGAAACUGGCAUUCGUCAUGUUCACUUACCUGCUGAGGGAAUCCAGCUUCAAGAGCGUACUCUGUACUGGGGCUGAGGUCAGAAACCAUCACGUCCCAUUCCCAGGGCAUCGUCAUCCUGUUGAACAAGGCAUGGAGACAGGGCCACCCUGCAGCUCAGCCUAGAAGGCUGAACUCUCUCCAGGUUCAUAAAUGGCUAAGGCUUUUUGUUCCCUUGUUUUUUACUUUGUUUUCAGUGGGAUUGGGGAGGUAGCUUGUAUUUGACUUUUAUUUUUGUUUUGUUUUGCUUUGUUUUGCUGAGAGGGUCAGAGGUUUUGUUUCUCUUUCUGGGACUUAUCCAAAGGUAAAUAUGCUUGGGGUAAAAAAAAAAAUGAUAUUAUUAAGAUUUUCCUCCCCUCCUCCAAACACUUUAAAAGUUACUUUGAAUUAAAAAGGAUCUGGGCAUGGAAGAAGAAAGAAGCACUCAUCACUUUAUUACCAAAUUUCAUGC